UGCUGUCAGGAUGCGCCUCGCUGCCCCCUGCUGCUGCGCGGCCAAGGAGAGGCGGCUGGGCAAGGGCUCGGCUUUCCGCCUCUGCCUUCUCUCGGCCACGCUCCUCCUGUGCCUACAGCUGCUGCUCAGGUACUCCCGGGGCUCCGCCAACGCCAAGCUCCUCGGAGCGGACGCCGUCGCGGAGCACAGCCCCGGCACUAGCCGAAACGGGAAGGCGAACGGGGCGACGGCACCCCGGAGGAGGCAAGUUACCUACGUGCGAAACGGCCUCAGGAGGAGCGCCGCGGAGCCCACCUGUUGCCUCCAGGGGGCGCCGCCACACAACAGCCGCAGGAAGACUAUACGGUGGCACAUAGACCUGCAGCCAUGGGCAAGUCCAAUACCUUCCUUGAGUAAAGAAGCCCUGAGGCUCUUGAAAUAUAUCAGUACCAUCCAGAUGUCAUGUGAUCAUAUGAACAAAAACCUGCCAGAAACGCCUGAUAGCUUGAAGAGGCCAUGGGCAGUCUGCCUGGAUGACAGAUUAAAUUUGGUUCAUCGAAUGAAAAGCAAGCAGUGCCGUUUAUAUUCACUAGGACUGGGCGACGAUGAUAACCAGUUUGAGCUAAGUAUGGCCAACAGUGGAUGUGAGGUGCAUCGCUUUGACCCUAGCAUCAAACCAGCACAUAUUCAAGAGGGACAUCUCUGGUACCAUCGCCUAUCCAUUGAUUGGCGUGAUCCCAAUCCAGCAAUUGCUGCUCAUAAGCUUCAUGCCAGCACUAAGAAACUUGGCACCAUAUUGAAUGAUUUUGGACACCAUGAGAUUGAUAUCCUCAAAGCAGAUAUGGAAAGUGCAGAGUGGAAAAUUUUGGAAAACCUGAUCCUGGAGGAUGUUGUGCCACGUAUUGGACAACUGGUGUUUGAAAUCCAUGUUCAUUGGCCUGGAUUUGAAGUCAGUGGAAAUGAUAGCACUGUAGUUCGAUACUGGUAUAGUCUUCUCAAAGAGUUAGAACUGAAGGACUUUAGGCUUUUUUACACUUACAAAGACUUAUCAAAACCACAGAUAUUUCUAAAAAGGGAGGCCUUCAAUGCUAGUAGCUGUUACACUCUGAGUUGGGUGAAUACAAGAUGGAAAUAAAAAACCUCAAGUACAGAAGAGAACUGUGAAUCAUCACCUUAGCCAGUGUUAUUGAAGAUGGCUUUGGAGGCCUUGACAAAACUUACCGAACUUGCAAAGACACAAGUUGUGGUAUAUAGUAAUAACAAGGGUGUGCAUCCAACUACACAGUUCUGAAGAUGUAAUGGUGCUUGUAUCUUCAGAAGAGGUGGUGAUGAUUUCUGCCGAUUUCUAUUCCCCCUACACUCUCCACUUUGUCUUCCAUGUUGUUUCUGAGGGUGUACUGACCCCUCCCCCCGCCCAGAACAAAGCUUAAAAUGUUAUUUCUUUUCUCUUUACUUUAAAAUGUUAAAUCUUUCCUCUUUGCUUGGGCUAGAGGAAGGAAAGCUGAGUUUCUCAGGGUUCUGACUUACAAGGGGUACUUUGUUGUUCUGUCUUCUAUUAUGCCCCCCCCCCCGACACCCUCACUUGAUUGCCUGUUUUAUUUUCUGGCUGCUGGGCAGUCAUUUCCUUACAUUGUGCCUUCCCCCCCCUUUAUAUCUUUAUUUUCUUGUACUGUGGUAUACAGCCACUUCUCAAUAUGCUUCUCAUUUUAAUAGGAUCAAAUUAUUCAAGUUUUGUUUGUGAUCAGUGACAAUAGGUAAUAAGAAGAGCUCUGCUGGAUCAGACAGAGGGUUCAUCCAGCCCAGCAUCUUGUUUUCCACAGUGACCAACCAGAUGUUUCCAGGAAGCCCACAAAUGGGUCAUAAAGGCAACAGCAAGCAACUUGCACCCAUUGGAGUACUGUCUCUGACCAUGAAGGUUUCAUUGAGCCCUUAAAGGUCAAUGUCCCAAAAGGUUUUUUUGUCAUGUAUAAAGUUGCCAAUAUGGACAAUGUAUGUAACAGUUCACUGCAGCCGAGGCAUAUGUCUGUUUGGCAAAUGCAGUCAGCUGUAAAUUUCCCCUUUUUGUCUGUUUUACACACUUUCUCCUGGUAUUAUGGGGAAUAAUAUCCUUCUGAUGCCUCCUUUACUUAGAUCUGUUUUUCUGGAAGAUACACAGCUUCUUUCUGUGUGGGAUAAGGAAACAAAGAUAGACUUCUAAUUGUCUUUGUUAUAACUGACAUUUAAAAAAAACACUCCCCCCAAACCACUCAGUAUUCUCAAAUUACCUUAUCCCAAAAUCAUAUCAUCCAUUUAAAACUGAAAAUUGUAUAUUGGCCUGCUCUUGAACUCUCCUACCAUAGUUCACCAUUAAAGCUUUUCAGCUACUUACCAGAUUCUAAAAAUCUAAUAAUGUACUAUUAUGGAUUGCAGAGAUGUUUAUUAUCAAGCCAGUUCUAUUUUGCUACAAGCAGUAAGUUAACUACCAGCGCCAGCUUCAGUUACAGCAAACUAUUUUAAAUAUCCAAGAAUAUACUAUACCAGUGUUAUAUCAUAAAUCAAAUCUAGCCAUAGCACAUGUUCCAUCCAAGAUCAAAUGGCCUCUGAUAAAAUGUAAACCAUGAUGGAAAAUCUUAAGCCAUGUAUAGUUUUGUUCCAGCAGAAUACUUACCGACUGCUCUCCUGACUGUUAAAAUCAGCACAGAAUGACAAAUUACAGUGGGCUCAGGAGAUAUAAUCAAAUGUUAUACAGUAAUGAGAAUGAUGCUGAAAAGGCAGACCUAUGUUAAGUCCUAGUUGCAGAUUAUACUACCGGCUUUUGCACC